AUGAAUGAUGAUGAAAAUAUAGAUUACUAUAUUAAUGAAGAAAGUAAUGUUGAAAGCAACGUUGAAAGCAUAGAAAAUGCCAAAAAUUCUGAAAAUAUAGAUACCAACUCAUUCAUGAUUAAUAGUGCUGAAGAUGAUGCAUUUAAGCUAUAUACUAGAAAAAGAUUAUCAAACUGGGAGAUAUGCGAUUUAUUUAUAGUUGAGUGGAGUAGAGAUAGAGGAUUUAAUAUUGUAAAGGAUCAUGUUUGUUGUGAAAAUAAUGUCAUCAGAAGAAAAACUUAUAUUUGUGAGCAUGGUUGGCAUUACAAUUCAAGUUCUAAUAAAGAAACAGAGACUAAAAAAAUAUUAUAUAAAUGGCAUCGUCUGAUUGAAGUAUUGCAAGAAUUUACUAAUGAGGCUGAUGAGGACGAUAAUGAAUUGUUAAGUGAAGAUAGUCAAGAUGAUGAUUUGACAAGUGACAAUGAAAACUCAAAUGCCGAUGUAUCUCAACAGUCACAGUUACAAAAUCCAAAAAGAAAGCGAGGUAGGAAAAGGCUACCUGGUACUAAACGGCUUAAAGCAUCUCAUGAAACAAAUCAAGACAAAGGAAAAUAG